AUUUUAUCCAUUACAUUUCGAGCACCAUGGCGGCUCAGCAGCCACAAUUCCACAGUCGGACAGGGUCGCUAAUUAUCUUGAGCAAUAAUAAUCGAACCGCUCAGAGAAAUCACCCAGCACAAGAAUUUAACAAUGGAGUAGUUUUAAGUGCUGAACCUUUGCGAGAUAAUGUGAUAUUUGAAGUGUGCAUAGUGAAAAAGGUUAAUUCAUGGAGUGGCUCCAUUGAAAUUGGAGUGACAACAUGCAACCCAGAUACCCUGACCCUACCUUUCAGUGCAACUGGCCUUCGAGAAGGGACAUGGAUCAUGUCUGGUACUUCUCUUUUGCGGGAUGGCCAGACCACCUCAGAACAAUAUGGUGUAGACCUAGAUCAAUUAGGGGAAGGUGAUCGUGUUGGUGUGAUGCGGACUCUGCAAGGGGAACUGCACUUCUUUGUCAAUGGAGAAGAUCAAGGAUCAGUACCAUACAGUCGAAUACCAACACCCAUAUGGGCAGUUGUGGAUCUGUAUGGAAAGUGUGUUCAAGUGACAAUUACAGAUACUACAACCUAUCAGAGUAACCGACAAAAUGCACUUGUAAGCUGUCAGAUUGCAAAUGAUUUGGCAAAUGAAUUCCUGACAGAGCUGUCCAACCACAUUGCUAACAACCUGGCCAGUGCAUGUGAAAUGAGUGAUGUGUGUGAAGCUGUCGCUGCUGCUGCUGCUGUUGCAACUGCUGUCUCUGCUUCUUCAACUGUUUCUGAGUCCUCCAUCGCCAUAGCUGGGGCUAACAAAGACUCUUUUCAACCCUCCAAUGAGAGAUUAGUCUUCAGUGAGCGGAACAGCCCCCCUUCCGCAGACAGGUCUUCAAAUGAACAUUUGGCUUAUAAUGAAAGACUUAAUCUACUCAGCUCUUUAACAAAUGACCGCUUAACUUUUCAUGAGCGUUGUGGGUCUCUUAUCAAGCUGAGCAAUGGUAGGAGAACUGCAGAACGUCGUCGUCCAAUGGAAGAAUUUAACAAUGGUGUUGUGAUGACCAACAGACCACUCAGAGAUGAUGAACUUUUUGAAAUAAGAUUGGACAGGUUGGUGGACAAGUGGUCUGGCUCUAUUGAAGUGGGAAUCACCACACACAACCCAAACACACUAGACUUUCCAGCAACAAUGACAAAUAUGCGCUCUCGAAACAGCAACAGUACAGGAACAAUUAUGAUGAGUGGCUGUGGAAUUCUCACAAAUGGUAAAGGUACACGACGGGAAUAUGGGCAGUUCAAUUUGGAUGAGUUGACGGAGGGAGAUCGUAUUGGUCUGAUAAGGAAAAACACAGGCUGUCUUCACUACUAUAUCAAUGGAAUGGACCAGGGCCUUGCUGCUGCAAAUUGCCCAUCGCCAGUGUGGGGGGUAGUUGAUCUCUAUGGAAUGGCAGUAAAAGUCACCAUUCUUGAUUUUCACGACCCUAGCUACCCCAACAAUCCACCAGCCCCUGAACGUCGUGCCAAUAGUCUGUUUCGGCAUUACCCAGAUCUGUAUGAUGAGGAAGCCUUAGAAGAAGAAGAGGAAGUAGAAAAACUGACCUUUCACCCUCGCUGUGGUGGUCAUGCCGCUGUCAUAAAUGCACAACGAACAGCACACCGACCAAAUGCUCUUGAUGAUUUCAACAAUGGAGUAGUCUUAACCUCUCGACCCUUGAGACCUGGGGAAAUGUUUGAAGUUCGGCUUGAGAAAAUGGUAGACAAGUGGGCAGGUUCCAUCGAGAUAGGUGUGACCCUGCACCAGCCUCAAGAUCUUGAUUUUCCAUCAACAAUGACCAAUAUCCGCUCUGGUACUUGGAUGAUGACUGGGAAUGGUGUAAUGCACAAUGGAACAACAGUCAUUGAUGAGUAUGGACAGAACCUUGACAGGUUAAAGGUUGGGGAUAGAGUUGGUGUGUUAAGGAAGCCAAAUGGAACAUUACAUUUUUUCGUCAAUGGUGUGGACCAGGGUGUGGCUGCCUCUAAUGUCCCAGACAAUGUGUAUGGUGUCAUAGAUCUGUAUGGGCAAGCCGCACAAGCUACAAUUGUUGACCAAGCAGAUGUUCUGAGUUCUCCAGACCUUGACUCCAGUGUAUUUCUAGACUCUGAUGAGCUCAGAUUUCACACCUUACAUGGUCGCAAUGCUGCUGUUAUUAACAAUGGCCGCACAGCCGUUCGUACAAAUGACACUGGUGAAUUCAACGAUGCUAUAGUAAUGAGCAGCCGGCCAUUACGGGACAAUGAAUUAUUUGAAGUUGUUAUUGAAAAGUUAGUGGAACGAUGGUCUGGUUCCUUGGAAGCUGGUGUAACAAUGGUCAAACCAGAAGAUAUAGACUUCCCAAGUACUAUGACAGACAUUCAGUAUGACACCUGGAUGCUUAGUGGUGCUGCAAUUAUGCAGGAUGGAGCCAUUGUUCGCAAUGGCUAUCCCCUAGACUUAGACAGUAUUUCAGUGGGAACUAGAAUUGGAAUGAUGCGUUGUUUUGAUGGAACUCUACACUAUUUUCGUGAUGGUGUGGACAUGGGGAUAGCUUGCUCAGACAUCCCUCCAGGUGUGUAUGCUGUGGUAGACUUGUAUGGGCUUUGUGCUCAGGUGUCAAUCACAGGUGGAUCUGUGAUAAGGCCUGCUGAUACUCAAGUAGUGGUUACUACAGCUGUUGACACCACUGAGCAGUCUUCAUCACCCUCUGUACUUAAAUCAGGCACUUCACACCGCUUUAGUAACUGCUGUGGAAAGAACAUCACAAUCAAAAACAAUGGCCGUGCUGCGUGUCGAACACGUGGAUUUUCCCAUGGUGUAGUAUUCAGCUCAGACCCUUUGAAGUAUGAUGAAGUGUUUGAGGUAAGGAUUGAUCAGAUGGCAGCCAGCUGGUCAGGGUCCUUGAGAAUAGGCCUGACUACCAUGGCCAUCUCAGACACAACUUCACCUGCCCAGGUGCCUUCCUCAGCAGACCAGAUUACUUCCAAGAUCACUUGGAUAGUGUCAGGAACAACAGUGCAGAAAUGUGGAGCACUAAUCAAGGACAAUUAUGCACCUGCUUUGGAGAGGUUGCAGAUAGGUACAAGAAUUGGUGUUCGCCACUGCUCAGAUGGUACCAUGCACAUGUGUCUAAAUGGUGAAGAUCUGGGAGUUGCUGCCUCCAACAUUCCCAAGAAUGUAUUUGCAGUUGUUGAUCUCUAUGGGGCAGUGGAAUCCGUUACAAUCACCAGCAGCGCACUCGCUGAGUCCUUCACCUCUCUUCUAUCCUUGGCUGAUGACCUUGUAACAGAUCGUAAUGUGCAGGAUCAAGAUCAGGAUGAGGACACCUCUGUGCAGUCUAGUUUAUGUUUCCAUAGCAAUCAUGGAAAAAACAUAAUGUUAAGCGAUGGGCAACACACUGCACGACGACUGGCUAGUUACAAUCAGGGUAUUGUGGUUUCUGCAGUGCCUUUGCCACGUAAUCAGCUACUGCAGGUAAGAAUAGAGAUGCUGGAUCCUCAGUGGAGUGGCUCUCUUCAAGUUGGAGUAAUUGGCUUUCCUCCAGACCGACUCAGUUUUCCUGGCACAGCUACAGCAAUCAAGAAAUCAGCAAUUGUUUUACAAGGGCAUGCAGUUUUUGCUUGUGGUAUCAAAUCAAAGGAGCACUAUGGAUGUGACCUAACUACCAUUGGCCUUGGUCAUACUAUAGGAAUUCUGGUAGACAGUCAUGCUUGUCUCCAUGUCUAUGUUGAUGGACAAGAUCAAGGGGUGGCCUACAAGGACGUUCCACAGCCAUGCUAUGGUCUGUUUGAUCUGUAUGGACAGUGCACCAAGGUAACAAUAUCAAAAGGAGAAGAUGUGUGUACACCAUCUGUUGCAGUGGAGGAAAGGGAAAAGGCAGAUUUAGAAGAUGUGGUGAAGGAAAAAGUCCUUGUCCGGCAUCCAUCUAUCAGUCUCACCUUGUCCCGAAUUUGUGAAUACUUCAACAUCUGCACAAGAUUAAAAGCAUCCCUUGGGCUACCAGAUGGCUACUUUGACUCACAACAAAUGACAUGCUUCUGUGAGGCCUGUCAUAAAUUAAGAGGAGAUGAUUUGUACCACAAACGAGGUGACCCACCACGUGACUACGCUCUUCCCUAUGGAUGGUGCCGCUUUGCACUUAGGCCUCAGUGCAAGGCACAUUCACUGAAUGUGGCAGAGAAGUGGCACACAGCAUAUCAUGGCACUCGUUUGGAUCUUGUUCGACGGAUACUAGACCAUGGGGAUCUUCUCAGUCCUGGUGAUACAGGUUCUGUGGGUAGUAUCUUGCUACCUCAGCCUCAAGUUUAUACAGAGAAAUCUCGCCCAGAAAACCUUGGCAGUCAACCCAUUUUUUUCUCACCGACACUUCGCUAUGCAGGGAGUGCUGAUUUUUGCCCCAAACACAAGUUUCACGAUCCACGUAAUCGAAAGAUCUACCAAGCCAGAGUGGCUUUUCAAAUCUGGGUAAAACCUGGGUCAUACAAGGUUGGGGGUCAAGCUCAAGGAUCUGGUGAAGACAUUGCUCAGCAGGUUGAUCCCCACUUUCGCAAUAGUGAGCUGGCCUGGUCAACUAAGGAAAAGGGAUCACUCAUGCUGCAUGCCUUGCUUUUGAAAGUGGAGUGAAAUUGUAUACUUGUGUGUGUGUAAAAGAGAGAGAGAGGUAAGAUUGAAAGCAAAGAGAUGAGAAAGAAACAAAUCUCACCUGUGGUUACAUUUGCAUACUGCUGUGACCUGGAAUCUGGUGGCAAGAUGAGCUGCAGCAGUGUGCAUAUUGUUAUGCGAUUUGUUGGUGGUGAUGCCAUCAUGUGACGUUUAUGCACCUAGCAUUAACUUUCCCAUGCUGUUACAAGCAUGUUUGAGAAUACAUUAGUGCAAUGCUUAUUUAUUUAUUUCAUCUGUAUGUGAUAUCAGCCUUGUGCAGUGUUUUCUCCAAGUCUUAAAUAAAACAGCCAAAGAGCGUCUUUGAAGUAUUUCAUUAACCCAUAAUUCAUUUAUCUUUGAGAAACCUUUUCAUUUGUUUUGCCUUUUAAGAGUGAGAUCUCAUUAGUGAUGUCCUUUGCCUGUAAAAAUUGAAAAUGUGUCAAGCUGUAUUUCUAUUUAUCAAGCAUUUGGUGUGGCAGUUUUUUAAUGUUAAUAAGUUUGUUACACUGUCUCUGAUGAGGGAAUUAUUUUGUUAUUUUUGUUAGCAUGUGUUCAAAUUGUAGAAAGCAAGUGGUGUGCAUGCAUGAGGUCACAGGGUGGGGGUGAAGAGAAAGCAUUAUGUAUCUACUGUUAUUGGAAUCAAGCUGCUGAUUGCUAAGUUUUUUUUUACAAUCACAAAUAAAAUGUAAUUGAAAAGUCCCAUGUUUGUUGCGUACAUAUUACAGUGUGAAACGGUUGUGAUGAUAAAUGAAAGGCAUUUUGGGCAAGUGCAUUUUUUUGACGUUAUUUUUUUAUCCUUAUUAAUGGAUUAUGCUUCUUUCAGGGUGUGAUGAGAAUCAUCUGAAUUUUCAGAUCUGUAGAGGGAAUUGCAAGCAUCAUGGAGAAAACAAUUGUGGUGAAUUGUGAUGAAUAAGAAUGCAACUGUUUUCAAAUAUUUGUGUAGUGGUACAUUUACUUAUAUGUACUGUGCACAAAAAAUUGCAGAGUUUUUAAUUUUCACCCUUUUCUUGACAUAAGCUAAUCUGCAUAAUGUUUAUCAUUAUCUUGAAUGCAGCACUGAAGGCAUAGAAAAUAAUGUACUUAGAGAUUAAAUGCUUUCCCUGAAAAUUUGUGAAGGUCCAUUUGAAUGCGAGUGUACAUUUAUUUUGUGUUAAGUUUCUUGCAGUAAGAGAAUGAGUGGAUUUAUUUUUCUCUUAGAUGUAUGCUUUUUACCUUUCAUUAAAACAAAUCUAGUCCCCUUCAUUAGUUUUACAAUAAUACAAACUCUUGUUCAUGUUGUAUGUUUAUAUUGCUGAAUAGUCUUGUCUCAUUUUUCUCAUGUUUUGUAAAUAAGAAAAUACUUCGGUCUUUUUUUAGCAUUUGUCAUUUUUUUAAUAAGAAAAAUCAACUGCUUGUUCUGUAGAACUUAUUGUCUAAAGGGAAAGAAAGUUAACUUGUUCACAUUGAUGAAUUUUCUUUUAAGACUUUGAGCCCACCUUCCUCCUCACCCCAGAUCUGUCAAUCUUCCUUUGCUCUUUUGACGGAUCUGCCUGGGUAUUAAAUCUCUUUGCACUUGAAUCUGACCUAUAUGCAUGUCUCUGUGAUUUCUCAUGCUGUGUAUGGGACAUUUGUGAUAUUUCUCAUAUUAUUUCUCCACUACAUGUACAGUCAUAUCUCUGUACACAUGCAUCUCACUUAUGCACUAAUGAGUAUGAAAUAUCGUGGGAGGUUGGGAGGAAUCUAUGAAAAUUCUCAAUAAAUGAUUACUCUGAGUGA